AUGACAAAGGCAACUAAAUUGAGGUUGAGGAAGUUGGUCAACACUGAUGAGGCGAUGAAUAAGUUCAUCGUUGAUUAUAAUAUUCCCCCCAAUACCCAACCAAGGAAGGAUACCCAGGAGGCACCACAACCCGAUGCUCCUCCUCCACCGCCUCGACCCCUUACAAUCCAAACCCGGUCAUCCUCCACCAAGUCCCAGCCACAAUCCAACCGCCCCGAACCUCCCACCCCCUCCCAACCAGCUCAGUCCCCCAGACCUGAAGGUGCUGAUUCUAAGAGAAAGAGGAGUCCCAAGGGCAAGGACACCGCGGAUGAGGGAAAAUCCCAACCUUCAAAGGAGAAGGAUGAGGCUCCGCGUACAAAACAACUGAAGCUCGAGCCCCAAAGUAAGGGCAAAGGACCCGCAGUUCAAACCCCUCAAGGCAAGGGGAAAGGAAUUGAUUCCCAAUCCCUACCGAGCGCCUGGCUCCCUGCCCCAAUGCUUCACGGGGGUCCAUUACUGGAAACGGCCUCCCUGAGGGACCUCGGAGACGGCGAGGGUGAAUACGUGGCGGACGCAUUAGGGAGAACCAUAUUACUCCCUAAUGAUAUGGACGAGCUGAAGAGAAUGAGGAUGCAGGAAGUUUUUCUCAGCACCAAGAGAUGCUUGUGCAUGGCUCUCCAGGCAACCUAUAGGAUGAAGGAAGAGGUGCAUGACAGGAGUAAGGCAGCCGAGAACGAACGUAAGAAGCGCAUAACAGCCUCAAAAACACUCGAAGCUUCUGAAAAGGAACUCGCUAAAGUCAAGGAUGAUUUAAUAAUGACUACUCGCGAGAGGGAUAAUGUCUCGGCGGGCCUUGAUAGUGCCCAGAAACAGGUCUGGGAAGAAGCAUUGAAGCGAGCUGGAGUGGACGCUUCAUCAGAUUUGUGGAAGGCAGAGAGCGUUUUCUACCCGGCGGCCAUCCGUGACACCACUUUCACUAGCUCUGUGACCACGGAUGCUCAACCCGAGGAAGAGGUCACCCCGUCGGGAAACUUACAAGCCAGUGGUUCUACUAGCAAGGCGCCCAAAGAGGGAAUACUUCAAGAUGUGGUGGUAAUAUCGCAGCAUGCGGAUCCUGAGAUACCUACAGAAAUUACUGAACCCAAGGUGGGCGUUCAGGUGUCGAGUACAGAAGAACUAGCCGCUCCUGCACAGUUGCCACAGGCCAUUCCCCUUGUUGUGGUCACUCAGGGUACCAGUGUUGGCCUUGUUCAGUCUUCCUUAGAAGAAACCGUCAUUCCAGGCAUUGAAGCUGAUCCUAAUCCCACCUCCAAAAAUGCAACCGACAAACAAGCAGAAAAGUAG